CUUUUUUUGUCAUCACGCAGGACUCUUCAGUUUACAGAAUUGAGUCUCUACAGGUGGUUGUCUGCAACCCUGCGCAGAAAGAAAUAUCCUCACAGACUGAAGGGUUUUUAAAUUCUAAUAUAUUUAUAUUUUUACAUGCGCAAACAAUUCCUCAAAUGUUUUAUCGUUGAGUUUUCUCUCGCCUAAUGACCGCUUUACACACCGACUCGUAAUUUAUUCCCGGUUGUUCGAAUCGGGUGUGUCUUCUAAUUAGUUGAUUUGGAACACUUUGUGCAUUCGGUUUCCAUUUGUCAUUCUAGAACGGGAAAACCACCCGGCCAAAAGCCGACAGGUAAGGUGACAAAGGCUGUGACUGUUUACUUUGUUUUUUAUUUUUAUUAAUUUGAACUUGAUUUAUUUUGAACUGAGAAACUUUACAAGUUCCAGACAACUAUGUAUAACAUGAUGGAACACGAGUUGAAGCCCUCUGGGCAACAGCAGUCGCACCAAACCGCCAUGUCUCCGGUCACCGGUAACUCUCACCCGGGGUCCAAAUCCCUGUGUCCUCCGGGCGGGGACCCCAUGGACAAGGUCAAAAGACCCAUGAACGCCUUCAUGGUCUGGUCUAGGGGCCAGCGCCGCAAGAUGGCCCAGGAGAACCCCAAGAUGCACAACUCUGAGAUCAGCAAGCGGCUGGGCGCCGAGUGGAAGCUACUGACUGAUGCUGAGAAGCGGCCAUUCAUUGACGAAGCAAAGCGCCUCAGGGCGGUGCACAUGAAGGAUUACCCCGAUUACAAGUACAAACCACGCCGUAAAUCCAAGCCCCUGCUCAAGAAGGACAACCAGAUGGGAAAGUACCCUCUCUCUGCCGGGAACCUGCUGGCCGCCGCGCAGGGCCAAGGUGGGAGCCCCAGGAUGGAGAGUUACGGGUGGGGCCCGGCGGGAGGUUACGCCGGGAUGCAGAGCGAGGCCCUGGGCUACACUCAGCAGCUGCACCGCUACGACCUGUCCGCGCUCCAGUACCCCCAGGCCAUGACCGCAGCACAGACGUAUAUGAACGGUGCCAACACUUACAGCCCUAUGUCUUACAGCAGCAGCCACCAGCAGCCCAACCCAGUCAUGUCCAUGGUGAAGCCAGAGCCAGUGUCGCACUCCCCGACUGGUGGACCUAACCACCACCGUGGGCCUCUCCAGGGGGACCUGAGGGAUAUGAUUAGUAUGUACAUCCCUGGGGGGGACACCAAUGACCCUGUCUCCCAGAGAGGAGGCUACAGCGUCCAGCAACACUAUCUCAGUGGGACUGUGCCUCUCACUCAUAUCUAAGGAUUGGUGGGAUAGUGACUGGGACUCAAUGUGAGUGUGCUGGCUUGGAGAGGCACAAGGAAGUGGAUGGUUAUGUCACACACGCAGUUAUGUCACACACGCUGGGCACAACAUUGUCAGACCCACUCAUUAUGGUCCCGUGUUGCGUUUAUAAAAAACAGUGACUUUAUAUAAAAGAAAUGUUAUUUUUCUACCUCUGCAUUUUGACUACAAUAAUGAGCCCACCCUCGUCCAUCCUGUCCUCUGUCCCAAGACUAGGUUGUUUCGUUCAGUCGCCCAUCCACUUCUUGGACGGAGACCCUUCUCAAUUAACUUCUCAUUAUGACGGACUGCUGUACUGUACAUAGACUUUAUGAUGAUUAAAUGUUUGUUUGUGUACAUAUAUAUUUUUUCCCCUAUUUGACAAACUGAGCUUGACAUCACAAGCUUCCAUUCAAAAAUGCCCAGGCCCCUAUGUAUGUCACAAAGCAUGUGACUGUAGUAUGUUCACAAUUGUUCCAUUGUGUUCUGCCUCCUGUCUUGUCCUACUGGCACAGUAGUGUCGGCCCCUCGGGUUGAUCGGUAAUCAUCAUGAACUAAACCAACCGGGAGAGAGACACGGGCAGUGUCCCAAAUGGCACCCUAUUCCCCAUAUAGUGGUCUACUUUUGACCUGGGCCCUGCAUGGUCAAAAGUAGUGCACUAUAAAGGGAAUAGGGUGCCAUUUGGGAUGCAGCCCAGAGGGGGCCCCACCACGGGAACGCAACACACUGGGAACCGGGUCAGUCAAUCACUAUCCUAAGGCCAGUGACAUACAAAUCACAUGACCCACCACAAGGAUUCUGAGGAUUGUGAUUCCUGAACUGGUUUUGUUUGUGUGGCCCAAUGGGGCCUCUCUCGGAACGGAACAUCUCAAAUCAACUAACCACUUGCUAGUGCAGUGAAAUGGGGAGACCAAGGGAGAAAUGCACAGAGUAUAACUUGAAUGAAGUGUCUUAUUUUUUUUUUUAUAUACAAGUAUGGCCACUUGGUGCCUUCUACUGCUUUGUGAGUAAGCGUGCUUGUUUAAAGCCAAUUAAAUUUCAUAGGAUGACAUGGUAUAGUCUGUUGGACAAUCUUAUGAGUUCAUUGGAUCCAAUGGAAACAAGUAUGUGAGAUGAACUGGUGUGUUUAGUAGUACUGUAUGUCCAAACCCCAUACCAAUACAUUUUGGUUUGUGUUCAACUUUUUUUUCUUUUUUAAGUCGAAGGAAAAAUCCACUCAUUCUUUAGCUUUUUUUUUUUUUUCAUUAGUCCAAUGUUGAAACAGUCCCUAAAUGUUUUGCAUGUCAGCAGUCAAGUUUAAGAUAUAUGGUUUUCAAGAAGUGUCACUUGCCACGUGUUUUGUAUCAUGUGGCAAGUGACACUUUGCCUCUAGAAAAUCAUAUCUUAAACUUGACUGCCGACAUGCAAAACAUUUGGUGACUAUCAACAAUAAACAAAAUGCAAAUAGUUUGCGCUGUCCUUUAACAUAACCCCUUGCUGCUGCAAUGAGUUUUACAUUUGACAAUGUAAUUGUUUGCAUUAGUCAUCCAUUUUUUAAAACUUGUUUUGUGAAUGCUAUUAGGAGUUGUCCCAAGUUCUUAAUGUUUAUUGUUCAGAUACCCCUGUUGUGUUCUGCAGGUUUUAAUUGUGUUCAUAGAAUAUAAUUAACUGAUUGACAUUUUAUACAAAUGCUGCAUUCUAUUGAAUUUUAUUUUUACAAAAUACAUUUUGAAUGAUUUUUCUCUAGCUCGGCAACUGUUUGUAUGGAUUUCUACUCAUCCAACCAAGCACCGUUAGUACAUUCUGCCUGGGCAACUAAUGGUAGAGAUUUAAAAUCUAUUAAUUUUACAAUAAAUGUCUCCAUGUUCUCCAGCUUCUCAGUUUCAUAUUUGAGUUGCCUGCUGCUUAAGGUCUUCAGAUAACACAUUCUACUUUUUAUAAUUCUACAAAAUGACUGACAAAAGGAGUUGGCAUCCAGUUUUGUCUUACGUUUCCUGUUGUAACAAGACUUGAGGGUUAAAUUUCAUUUGUCUUUCAUCUCACAACACCCUCUAACUAAUUUAUGAAUAGUAAAACAGUGCUGCUAAAAGUUAGAGAAUCCAUUUUAUAAUUUUUUGCAGUCUGAAACUGGAAGUGGUACAUUUUUAGGCUGUGGGAGUGGUUGAACCACAUCAAAUUAUAACCAUUCUGGAACUGUCAUGUUCCAACAGUCCAUUUUUAGUAUUGUACAACCCACUAAAGAACUUGCAUAAAAAAAGGGAAUGAAUCAAAUUAUUUUUGGUUGGGUUUAAAUACUAUAAUUUAUAUGAAAGGAAUAAUGAAACAUGAAUGUUUAUUGCAAUCCAAGUGUGUAAAACUUAACUUUUUUUUGAAUUUAUUUAGUUGUCUAAUCCUUGUUGUUUGAGUCUUGCAACUUUUGAUGUGCAUUGUGUAUAAAUAAGCAAUUUGAGGCACCUAUACUAAGGGUAUUUUUGUUAACUCAUUUUCAUAUGUGACAUGGAUGACAAGUAUUAAAACGUUUUUAAAUCC